AUUUGCGUCGGACGGACGGACGCCAUCUUGAAUGCUGUAAUCACCUUGGUAAUCCAAAGUGCCAAAGCCAAAGCGUAGCUUUUCUUUUCUUUAUAUGCCGUCAUUACGUGGUUAAUAAAAUGGGGCUGCUUGCUUUACUAAAGAAAUUAAAAAGUGCCCCGUCGAAAGAGCUACGCUUAUUACUUCUUGGCCUUGACAAUGCUGGAAAAACAACGUUGCUCAAACACUUAGCGUCCGAAGAUUAUACAAAUGUUACCCCUACACAGGGUUUCAACAUCAAAACAGUUCAAGCGAAAGGCCUACGUUUGAAUAUCUGGGACAUAGGAGGACAGAAAAGCAUUCGUGCUUAUUGGAACAACUACUAUGAGAACACAGAUGUCUUGAUCUAUGUGAUUGACAGCACUGACAAAAAACGGAUGGAGGAAACUGGUUUUGAACUGACAGAAUUAUUAGAAGAAGAGAAGCUAGCUGGGGUUCCUGUAUUGAUAUUUGCCAAUAAACAAGAUUUAUUGAAUGCUUUAACUCAAGCUGAGAUUGCAGAUAAGUUACAACUUGCCUCACUUGUUCGAGAUAGGACAUGGCAUAUUCAAGCAUGUUCUGCCCUGACUGGUGAAGGGGUGGAGAGUGGCUUAGAGUUUGUAUCAAAAACAUUGAAAGAUACAAAGAAAUGAUAGGAAAUCUUUCCAAAUUCACCUGAAUCAGUAUGGCAACCUCAAACACAAAAGUGCAAAUUUUGGAAACUGGCCAUGUGCAAUUGCAAACCUAAACUAGCUGGAAGACAAACCUUUAAUAUAUUACAUUAUUUUAACGUGGAAAUCCUAGGCAUCAGUGUUGUGUAAGAAUAACCUAAUAUUGAAUAAGAAUUUAAUUUAAAAAUGCAGCUGCACAGAUUACUAAACAUGUUUUGUAAUUCCUGUGCUUUUGGGCAGAACAAUAAUACGAUUCACUUCAAUCUGUCCAUUGAUAUAUG